AUGGGACAGCUCUUAUCACACCCCAUAGAGGAUAAGACCAUCGACUACCACACCCGUCAGACAUUGGCCUACUGUGUGGGCACCAUGCAGGGGUACCGUAUGUCCAUGGAAGACGCCCACGACGUCAAGGUCAACGAGGACGAGAGCUUGGCGGUGUUCGGGGUGUUUGACGGCCACGGGGGCAAGCAAUGCUCCGAGUACCUCAGCGAACACUUGCCGAGAGCCAUCUUCCGCACCCUUAACAACUGGCACAAGGCACUGGUGGGAAUCCCGGGAGCAAAGCCUAUCGAGCUCAGCCAGUACAUGACAAGCAUCAAGAACGCGUUCUUCCACAUCGACCACGAGUUGUCGUCCAUGCCCCACCUCCUCAAUUGUGGGUCCACCGGAAUCGUCACCACAAUCAUUAGAGACAGAUACAUCAUCGUAGCCAACACAGGAGACUCGCGAUGCAUCCUUUCGGUCGACGGGGUGCCCAAGACGCUCUCGUUCGACCACAAGCCCAUCCUCAUGAACGAGCGCAUCAGGGUAGAAAACAGUAACGGUUACGUGUUGAACAACAGAAUCAACGAAAUCCUAGCAUUGUCGCGGGCAUUUGGCGACUUCACCUUCAAAGCCCCCUACAUCGACAACACCAAGAACAAGUACAUCUUGCAGAACCGCAAGUACUUCAAGCAUGACUUGGUCCAUCUUCCUCCGGAGCUUUUCCAGGUCACGGUGGAGCCUGAGAUCCUCGUUUACGAUUUGCAUCAGACAACCCCCGAGUUUAUCGUGGUGGCGUGUGAUGGGAUCUGGGACUGCUACAAGAACACGAAGAUCGUUCAGAUCAUCAGAGACAAGUUGGCAUUGGGGUGGAAGCUAAACAAGAUCGUGGAGUUCAUAUUGCAGGAUUGUCUCAUGAUGGCCAACAACUAUACUGGCAUUGGCUUCGACAAUAUGACCUUGAUCAUCAUUGCCGUGCAUUCUAACAGUAAUAUCGACGAAUGGUAUGAACACAUGAAAGCCAAGGUGUUGCGAGAAAAGAACCUUCUUUAG